UCAGUGAAAUUGAUAUGUUAAGCCCAUAGUACGCAUAGUCUUUAGAUCUAUCUAAAUUCGCGUUGAUUAGUUGUGAGUGGCUUUCUAUCUACACACUUGCAUUUACUUGCAAUGCUGCUGACAGCUGAGCCGGCCUUUGAUAAUGGACCUCAUUCACCAAAACAACGGUCACGUGAUAAUAUUGAUAAAACAACGAAAAAAAAAUUGUCACGUGAUAAUCAUUGUUGAUUAAAAUUAGAUCGUACUUUGUAAUACUUGUAUAGAGGAGAUAGAGAAGCACGUGACUCUAUGUUGUUUGUUUACGAUUGGUGAAUGAGGUCCAUAUAGUAAUGUGAAUUUGGUGUUCCCAAAUGAAUUAGAAAAAAUAAAAAAUAGCGAAAUAAAUAAAAUAAUAACAUUUUUUUUAAAUCUAGUGUACUUCAACAAUAACAUUGAGGACAAGUUUCGCUAUUUCUUUAAAUCGGAGGCCAUAGGCGACUGCCUAGUUUGCCUAUGCCUAAGGCCGGUCCUGCUAGCAACGGUAUUGACUCAUAUGGAUAUAGGUCGCACUGGAGAGUCCAGACGAGCAUCUGUGUAAGAAGUCAAAGUUGGACUAGAACUACAUGGUGUCUGGUGCUGGUCUGUGUGUUCGAGGUGGUCGUGUAGGGUAGAUAUCGAUCUAUUAACAGUGAGUGGUGGAGACUCUUUCCUGGAUUAUUUCUGUCCUCACAAUGGAUAUUGCAGGCUCCAAACAGAGUUUGAUAGAUGUCGAGAUUACUACUGUGAAUAAAACAAAGAGAAUGUCCACAUUGAGCAGUGCAUUGAAAAACAACGCUGUCAAGCUAGCCGUGGGCUUAGCUUUUAUUGGCGUCAACAUUCUUUUGUACAAACAGUCCACCCACAUCGCCAUUGCCCAGUUCCUUGGUUAUCCUUCGUCCGAAGAUAGUAAUAUCCGUCUUUUGAUGUCAAGCAACUACACUAACAGCUCCAGCGAGAGUAAAACUGUCGUGAAGGAAGGGCUUCAUUUUUCUUUGACCCCGCCACCUUCGUUGCCGCCUUUGUCGCCCUCCUCGCCUGCUCUUUUGAAAAAGUUGGCAUUCCUGCGCGAGCCAGUCAUUAACCCCCACCCUUACAACUAUACAUUGUUCCCGAGCGUGAGCUGCUCCAAGCAACCCGUAGAGCUGGCCAUCUGCGUUCCCAUCAGCCGAGACAACUUCAUGGGCAGGCAAACCAUCCGUGAAACGUGGGGGAGCUACGCCAACUCCACCGCCAACAAAGCCGUCUUAGUUUUCUUCAUCGGCUCUGAGCUCCAGACAUCGGACUCGCCCAGCGCGACGCAGCGUCGGAUCGACGAAGAGUCCAAGCUGUUCGGGGAUAUCCUUCAAGAAUCUUACAUCGACCACUACAACAACCUCAGCUUAAAGUCCGUCUCCAUACUCAAGUGGGUGGCAUCCUACUGCUCUGAAAGCAGGUACGUCCUCAAGGCAGACGACGACAUGUACGUGAACAUUCCACUUCUUGCCAAAACCUUGCCUAAACUGUCACUCUCUUCCCCACAGUCCGCGUUCGUUGUUGGUUCCGUUCAGUACGGAGCAAGACCCAUCAGAAGCAGGAGUUCUAAAUGGUACACUCCGCACAGCGUGUUCAAAGGAAGCGUAUAUCCAAAUUACGCUUCGGGGACUGCCUACGCUAUGACGACUGAAGCCGCCCAGAUUCUUUAUGAAGCUUCUCUCAGGGUGCCGUUGUUUUGGCUUGAGGAUAUCUACAUAACCGGACUAUGUACCGCGAAAUCUAAUGUUUUGGUCAUGAACAGUAAUUUAUUCACGUACGAUAAGCCUGACGCCUCGGGGUGUUCAUUCCGGGCACAUAUCUCGGGUCACCGGUACAAACUGGAAGAGAUUCGUUUGAUUCACAGAGAGUUGUAUGACCCCAAUACUGUUUGUGAAAAAUCAGGAACUUGAAGAGCAUCUAAAUAAUAAAACUGCAAUUGGAGAACUAAUGAACUCUCACAAUAAGGAAGUAACAAUUUUUGUUUGUUACAGCGCAUCUCUAACAAUCUGAUUUUUUUCCCUGGGCGAAUGAAAUUACGCUACUAUUCCAAAAGUAUUCAUCAUGUUAGAGUUAAUUGAAAAUUGUGGAUAUCUUUUUAUGGUGAAAGUAAAUCCCCCCUUAUAUGAUGUUAAAUACUUGAUGUGAACCAGAUUUGAUCCUGGACUCUCAAGAUUCCGUCUUCCAGCUAUUUUGAUCUUUACUGCGAGACCAGAUCGGAAAUUCUAAAAGCUGAGUCCGAAAUGGAAACAUGCCCCACUCCAUGUCUCCAUCUCAAGCAUACAACUGAAUAAUGGAUGAUAUCACCAAAGAUCAUGUCGACAUUUUCAAAAUAGAUUUGGAUGCCGCAAAGCUCUCUCUUUCUCUCUCUCUCUCACACACACAAACACACACUCACUAAUCCACACGAAAGUCAGCCUAUCUGAAUCUUCUGCUUUCUUUGUGCCAUGCAAACAAUACUCAUGUAUUACCAACUGGUGGCCAGCUCGUCUUUCACAACUACGUGUCUUGUGCCAAUGUUCACGUCUACAAACCAAGAAUGGUGGAACGCCUUUUUUUUUGUUUUCUCCAUUUCUGCAUUAGUGUUUUCAUUCAUGGAUAGAUGUGAAGAAAUGAUGACAUUGUGAAUAGAUGUUCACACAUUGAAAACUUUAAAGGCCUGUACAUAAUGUCACAUGGCAUAAUAGUCAACUGAUGUCCCUUCCAACAAACUCAUAAACUUGUUCUUCCGUCCUCAGGGGCAUCACCAGUUGUAGAAAUACGAGAAGUCCAUGAGAUUAUUGAACGAGAUUAAUAGGACAUUUGGAAUCAUCCAAGCCCCAUUGGUUCAUCGACCAAUCGAUGUAUUGAAAAGGUUUCCUUGACCAAUCAUUCUCAUCAUUAUUGUCUCAUUCAUUUUUUUUGACCAAUCAUUGUGAAUACUCUUUGUCUCAUCUUUUUGACCAAUGAUAUGAUAGUGUGUGUGUUUUUUCCCUCUCACUUUAUCACUUUGUCUGAAUAUUUUUUUAAAAAUCAUAUUAUGUUUUCUUUUGAAACAUUCUUAAAUUAUGUUUACUCUAAAAAUCAAUCGAGAAAUUUACUUAGAAAUGGAUUUUUUUUAAAGUCUGGAAAACAUUUUUUUUUAUUUAAGGCUGGUAAACAUUUUUUUAAGCCAUCUUUGUGAAGAAGUGUAUUUUUGUUUAGCUGCUUGGAUGUGAAGUGAUUUUGUUACUUAAACCAGUCAAUGCUAUUUUUUGAUGGAGUUAACUAGCCGCUAGAAUCAAGCAUGCCACGUUUGUAAUGCAUAUAAAAAUAGUAAGACGAAUGUGUUCCAAGGUAGCAUGCAAUGUUUCAUAUGGCUACACUUUGCUAGUUAAGCUAAUACGCCUGAAAAUAAAGUCAAUGAUGCCAAAUUAUAUAGAUAUAUAUAUAUGGGGGGGGGGGGUGUUGGCUAAGCCGUAAAACGCUUGGCUUUUGUAACGAGGGGUCUUGAGUUGAAUCCCAAAGAAAACUGAAAUGUAGAUCCUGGGGAUUUGUUGAAAUUCCAUUAGUCCGCCCAACUCUUAUGGAUACCUCACAUACGAUGUAUUUAUAUAUAAAUAGAUCUAAAUCGCUGUGUUAGCCACAUGAAACCACCUUUAACCUUGGUAAAUAGAAACAUAUAUCUUACCGUAUAAGGAUGUAGAUAUAACUAGAGGUACGUGGAGCUAGACACACAAAUAUAUUUCUCUCGCACUUGCUCCAAUACGAACAAACUGCCUCUGUUCUUUCUGAUCCAUGUAUAAGAUGUAUCCAUCUGAUGUCACUUUUACAAACACCUAUCUCAGCAUUGCACCACCACCAAGCAAGCUCUGCAUCAAUGUCUCUAUAUAUAUUUGUCUAUUUGACAUGACCAGGCCAGUGCAGUUUAACUUUUAUCAGAAAUGCAUAAUUAACCAGUGUAUUAGCUUGCGCCAGAAUGCCUUCUUUAAUACGGCGUCUUUCCAUGGUGUAUAUUAUAUAAGUAUAAUGUCUAGUUCAUCCACUUCUGGCAUCCCUGAAACGAUUACUUUGUGCUCCCUUCCCUUCCGUUAGCUGACUGUAAAGUUUUGUGUUUUUUUGGAGUGCUAGAGAGUUAUCCUUUAUUAUUGCAAUUGAGACUGCAUUAGAAUUGUGUGUAUUGUAGUAAAUCACUCAACGAAAGGAGGUAAUAAUAGAGGAUGUAUUUAUUUACAGUUAUAAAAUACACAGUGAGACAUGGACUUCAGCUAUCAAGCCACAGGGAGUCUUGUCUUAAGUUCUACAAGUCCUUUUCUACCUAAACAUUAGUACAGGCCACCGACACACUUCUCAGUGUCGCUCCAGGUCGUCAAUACAGUUCACUGGUAGCACGAAGGACAGCUCUUAGUCCCAGACAGCUCAGACUCCCAUAACCUGCAAACAUAGACAUAUAUAUAUAGACUGGACGAUAAAGAACAAAUUAUUAUCGGAAAUAUUUGGGAAAAGAUAAGUGUGUAGAUCCACAUCACAAACCUAUAUAUAUUUGCCUAUGUCUAUGAUUAUAAAACAAAGACAAAAUAUUGGGAAUUGGGCAGUUUUGUACUUUUCAAAACUAAAGAUCAAAGGUAUAUAUUGGCUGAAAUGUUAGUCCUAGAAUUUAUAGCUCAAUCGCCGCCAUUUUUUUUUCACAUAGAUAUAGUACAUAAAACAUAUUGACUCCCCCCAAAUAAAAAUAACUUCCUACUUCCAGUCUAUAUUUAUUUAUGUCUAUGCCUGCAAAUCACUUCAGCCGGAUCUAAAACAGUCCUUCCUCUAGAAUCAAUAUGUCGUCUAUUCCUCCUGUUGAACGGUGUGCUGGUGCGCACCAUCAGUGUCGGCCCGGGAGCAGGGUUAUACCUGUAUACUUUGCAGGAUCGCCUUUUGAAAGACGCUUAAAUCAGGGAAAUGGAUAUCAAUAACGAGUCACAAACAACGCAAAAAUCUAUGCUAUUGUUGCUCAUAUUUUGGACCAUCUAAAACUGUCACAGACCUUGGCAUUGUAUUGUAGACUAGUAUUUUAGUUGUCUUAAUCUCUUCGUCAUUUUCCCUAACCGGAUAUGAACUCAGACGUGUUUCCUUCCCUUUCAGUUUAGGAGUAGGUCUUCCAAGGGACGUAAAUGGAAUAACAUAUUUUGAAUUUAUCUGCUUGCAAUCUCAUCAUAAAAUAUAUUGUGCAAAUAAAUCCUUUACAACUGUUACCUUACGAGUCAAGCUGGGUUUAAAACUUUAAAUGAAAAGGUAGUCUUAUGGUAACCAACUACCGGUAUUAUUUACAUUUAAUUUAUAAUGUAUUUUUAAUGAAACAAAAAAUAGUGUGGGUAAUAUGCCAUAGAUUACUGCUACGCCCUACGGUAUUGUGUUUUGGACGUAUGCACUGGGGAACGACUACCAUAAACAUAGAGGGGCAUUAAAUGUUAUUAUUUACAUUCACUAGUCUACAUGUAAGCCUCAUUGCUCUAUUUCUCUCAACCAUUUUAUGCAUUUGUUUAAAUUUUUAUUUUAACUAAACACAAUUUUUAAUCAAGUAGAUGAAACUAAUUUUAUUUCAUGAAUAUUUUUUGUAAGCGUUUUUUUUUUUUUUUUUUUUGAGUGAAAAACUCAUGACGAAUAUCGGGUAACACAAUAGUACUAGAUGUCAUCUAUACUUUCUUGAAAUUUUGCAUUCAUCAUAAUGUACUAAGUCUGACAUUGAGAUGAAUGUGCUUUAAUCGUAAUACUCGGGACCAAAAUAUUUUAUUUUAGCAUGGUUUCCAGUAGUCGUGAGCAGAUAUCGUGGCUACGUUGUAUAAUCCAACAACCGGUGAUUGUUCCUAGUAAAAAUCUCUGGAACCACUUUGGAACGCAAACUUUAAAUUCAAAGAGCUAGCUUUUUUUUUUUCUCUAGACAAAUGCCCACAGGGAAUAUUGAAGCCGCUGAGGUUGGAUUCUCCAUUGGCCUAAACAUUUUCUUGCUCGUCAUUUUAUAUGAGCCCCUUGACGGAAUAGUUACCACUGGCUUAGACGUUCCUAGCUUUUAUUUCAUGACUAUUUGAAGACAAAAUUGCAUGUACAUCUAGUAGAUAUGAUCUAGAUCACAGACCUAGAUAUUGCCUACGUUGUUUUUUUAUUUUGGAAAAAAAAGGGGUGGGGAGCAUGUUAUUUGAAAUGCUUUCUUUCUGGUCGUGCUUUAAUUGUACAUGAUUUCUAUCUUGCAAUGAUACAUUUAGAGUAUUUUUGAAACCCUGUGUAAGCUGUGUGUGUCGCACGGUUCUCUAGUUCUUGGAGAAAGUUUUCCUUUUAAUUGUCUUCCAUUGGAAUAUUUGUUUGUUUGUUGUUGCUUUAUUUUUGAAAUUAUAAAUCCUAUUUCUAUAAAUAUCGUUAAUGUAUCAUUUCAUAUGUACACAAUAUUUCGUUCAUGUACCGGUACAAACUGGAAAUCAAAAAAGCAGAAUUAUGUGCCCCUAUUUUUUUUAUUUAUUUUUGGAUGCUGCAUUUAUUUUAAAGCAAUACACUGUUCUACUUGCCCCAUUGUUAUUUAUGUAUCGUUUCAUGUUGCCUUGUUGAAACAGUUGUCUGUGUCUAUUGCCCUAAAAAGGUCAUGCACAUACAAUAGCUUUGUCUUAGUCAAAAAUGCACAUAUCAUAUUCCUAUGCUAGGACCAAUCCAUUGAAGUUCUAGUUACAACUUUUGCUAUUAGAGCAUGGAACUGUCUUUUUAUCAGCCAGGAACACAUAUGACUUGUUAGAGUGAGUUCAAAUCUCUAGGUUAACACGUGGAUACGACUUAGGACAUACUGUAUAAUAAAAGAUAAUAGUUUUAAUGAGCUUUUGUAAUUAAUAAGAUAAGAAGAUAAUAAUAAAGCAGGCGAUCAUCUUUCUAUAAGUGCUUGUUGACCAACUGAAAUAAAUUUGUUUAAGAGAUUGUUUUUUUCUCCUAAUGAAAUCCCCAUUUCCUUUUUACAUUCUGUUGAAGCAGACAAUUCCAACGGACCGUAAUAACAUUGUUCAUAGGAACGUCCAUUUGUAACGUCAAUAGAAGUUACUUUCUGAGAUCUUCAUCGAUCUUCCCUGCGGUCUACACGCGUCCAUAAGUCAGCCUCUUGGUUGUCGCCCUUCUCUUCCAGCAUUUAUAUUCCCGUAUAUUUAUAAGAUAAUCGAAUAUGUCAUGUGUGGCAUUUCUAAGAUUGAAGAUCAUGCAACUUUUCAGAAUUCGGAAAUCCGACAACAAUAGAUAGACAUGUUUUCAAGCUACAUGAAGUUAUUCCCUUUUCCCAGGCUAUAUUUAUUGAUGUCUAUGUGUCAACGAUGGUUAUUUCAACACGCGUGGAUAGACCCAGUGCUGAAAGAUUAACAUCACAAGUGAGGAUCAAUAGAAAACUAACCAAAGUCUUGAAGACUUCAAUGUUAAUUCUUAAAGACUUAUUUGUGUAUAGCAUUGCUUUAGUAUAGCGCAACUUAUGGCAUGCUUAGUUCUCUAUAAUCCAAUCCCUUUUAAGAUCCAUUCGGGAGAGGGGGACCUCAGCAAACACAACUCUGCUCGAGUCAGGAUUCGAUCUCGAGCCCCCUUAUUAGGUGGCCAAGAGGUUUUGAUCUCUUUGCUAUACAUCCGGCAUUUCUCCUGUAGUUCCAAUCAAACACCCUUACAACGUCCGACUUUUACUUUUGACCUUUGAACCAACAAUAGGGCGGACUUGACAAAGUUACAUAUGUGAAUCAAAGCUACAAUACUAGGUCUCGGAUCAAGCUAUGGCUUAGGACCCACGCUUGCUUGGAGGCGAGAAGAAAAAAAAAUGUUCCAGGAAUUGCAAUUAUUAUGAAGAAUGGCCUUACGUUGAUUACAAAGUGCCCCAUAUCUCAAAUAGCCUAGGGCCUUAUCAAGUCUUAAAUCCGGCCCUGCUCAUACUCACUACUGGCCGUCUGAUUGUUCUCUCCCAGUACGACUCUUCAAUAAAACUGAAGGAUACAUUAAAAUAAGUACUGAAACAUUCAGUUCAAUGUAACACUGCUAUUGGUAAAGUAGCUGUCAUGCACGAGCUGUCAAAUUAAAAAUCUUACUAAAAUACUUAGAAUGAUGCAAAGAGAAAUAUUCCAAUACUCAUUUAUUGUUAUAUUUUGUUCUUGAACUAGUUAGUGUCUGGCUUGAAACUAUCUGACUGUGAUUGAACAUUGAAGUUAUAUAAAGUUUGUUAAUGUGAACACUUCCGUGUAGUAUUAUUAAGUAUUUUUUCUUUGUUCUGUGAAAUAAAUGUACAUUUGUAAACACCAAAUAAACUUUUAUUAUUGAUGCUACAA